UGGAAGCACAUCCGCCUCAGUUACGCGUCUGUGAGAGAGUUGUGCGGAAAAACCGAUGAAGUCCAGAAAUUUGUUACAAAGUAGCGAUUAGCACCACGAUGAGCGGAACGGUCGUCGACAACAAUGCGUCUUCUUUAUCAAUCCCGACAGACAUCGCCGGACACAUGUUAGAUCUAGACGAAGACGAUGACUUGGAAGUUUUCAGUAAGAAUACGACACAAGGGAGCUCUUUUAACCCCUCCAUGCAGACAUCCCCUGGUUCAAUGAUCAACCAAUACAAGUUUGAGGAAGAAGAGGAAGAAAUUGACACCAAAGACAUUUUUGUCACGGUUGAUGACCCUGAGAGUUAUGUGACCGCUAUAGAGACGUACAUAACUUACAGGGUUGUGACCAAGACCACUCGGAGCGAGUUCGACUCGAGUGAGUUUGAGGUGCGAAGGCGAUACCAGGACUUCCUGUGGUUAAAGGCACGUCUGGAAGAGGCUCAUCCCACACUUAUUGUUCAUCCACUACCUGAGAAGUUUGUGAUGAAAGGAAUGGUGGAGAGGUUUAAUGAAAAUUUCAUUGAAACGAGGAGAAAAGCGCUGAACAGGUUUCUGAACAGAAUAGCGGAUCAUCCGAUUUUCUCCAGCACUGAGGAUUUUAGGAUCUUUCUCACAGCAGACAUCGGGGCCUUGACGUCUCAUAAGAAACAGGGUCCUGGGUUUCUCAGCAGAAUGGGGGAAUCUGUGAGAGGCCUCGCUGCCACGGUCCGAGGGGUCAGAAAUCGGCCAGAAGAAUUCACAGCCAUGCAGGAGUACGUAGAAGCAUUCGGACAGAAUAUCAGCUCGCUCGAUAAAGUCACGCAAAGAAUCGUCAGAGAGCAGAAAGAAUACCUGGAGGAUCUAAAGGAAUGUGCGCCAACUUACACCCUGUGGUCAAACUCAGAGGAGGAGCUGGCAGAGCCCCUGAGGGGCAUGGCAAGCUGUCUGGAGAGAUGCUUCACAGAGACAGAGGAGCAGGUCAAAGAGCUCAAUGAUAACCUCAAUCCAACCCUUCAUGAAUACGUCCUCUGUACGGAGACUCUCAAGACGGUGCUCAGGAGGCGAGACAUCAUCCAGGCGGAGUUCGAGGCGAAGACCGAAGCCCUCCUCGCGAAGCAUGCUGACAGGGAAACGGAUUCUAAGGUGCUGAGUUUAGCAUGGGACAACUUGGUGGGACGCUCCCCUGAGGAAGUCAAACAGCAAAAACAGCAAAAACUUGAAGGGGAGAUUAAGGAGAUUAGGGAAGACUUGUCCAAGAUGGAGGACAGGCUGGAGUGGGCGAAUAAUGCAUUAAAGAGCGACUGGACCCGCUGGAAGAAGGUCAUGAGAACUGAUCUCCAAUCAGCCUUCAUGGACACGGCAGAGAAGAAUGUGAACUGCUAUGAAAAGUGUUUGGCUGUAUGGGAGUCAUUCUUGCUGUCUCAGAGAACAGAUGCUGAAGGAACUCAAGUGUCGGACUCUUCCUAACUCCCAUGGUGCUUUUAGCUAAACAGAGGACCACCAAUAAGUCGCUUUUUCGGGCAGACAAACGGAGGAAAACACAUACCAAGAAAGCAACCACAGGCCUCUGCAAACCUAGACCCAGAAAGAGAUCUAUAAUAGAAAUAUAGUUUUCUCUCAUCAAUACGUUUGCCCCAAAGCACAGUUUUGUCCUCUCUAAUGCUUUUUAUAAUGGGUUUAAAAAAUAAUAUUGCCAAAUGUUUUAUAUUGAGACAUUUCUCAAGUUCAAAUCUUGAGAUUGGGUUUCAGGGCAUGAGAAUAAUAAUAAUGCAAUUCAUGAAAAAUGAGGAUGCAUGCAUCCUAGCUUUAUUGCUUCAUCUGACCUUUAUAUCGUGGUUUCACUAAGGAUUUAUACUAUAUGAUUUUUUUAGAAUGAUAUGUCCUGCCCUUUUACAGAUCAAUGCAAAUCUGUUUACUUUUUAUCAGAGCUGCCUCAAACUUCCCUUAAUGUAAAUGCAUGCUGAAGGGAUGCAUUCUUCAGGAUGAUCCAGAAAUUAUAUUUUAAAGUAUGACAAAAUUGUUUACAUUUUUAAUUCAAUAGAAUUUAAUUAUCGCCAAAGAAUAUGAAGCAAAUAAAUCACUAAUAGUAUGAUUUUAAUGCUAUGUACUAAUGUCUGUAAUUCAAUUGCAAACUGACUUGCAAAAGUACUUGGUGAAAUCUUUUGUAUUAAAUUAACUUUACAAUGAU